AUGUCCCAACCAAGAAGACCCAAGACCGAAGAGGAGGUGGAGGCGGAGGUGCAGUUCUACGGCCUCACCAACCAGAGCGCCGCGGCGAUCGUUCGCUUCGGGAACGCGCUCAAGGGGGCCAGAAAGCUAGAGAGGGAGCACAUUGAGCUUCUAGCCCCCGGCAGAAGGUUACAUCCUCCGUCCCCCCUCUCUCAGCCGGUCUGGAAACAGGCAGAUAUCGAGGAUAGCCCUCGCCCCCAGCCUGGUGAAGAAGUUGAGCCUUGCGGCCUGGAUUUGGAGGCUGCCGGCGCUGAUCCAAUCGAGUCUCCGGCCCUAAUAUAUGCCGUUCCUGGAGUUGACGAUAUUCCUGCCCCACACGAACCUCCUCCUUCUUUAAAAUUCCGAAGGAGGGUUCUCUCUCCGAUACAAGAAGAAGAGGAGGAUGAAGAGGUGAAGGGAGAGGAAGAGGAAGAGGAAGAAGAAAUGCCGACUCAUCCGAGAAUCGCUUAG